AAUAUGAGAUUUGAUGCUCCUCAACACUUCUGGAAUGAUUAUAGGAAAAAAGAACAAAAGUAUUGGAAGGAACAUAGUGUGCUCCCAAUUCACCUUGAAGUUGGAGCUUUGCUAAGGAAAGAGAUGGCAACUGGGAAUGAUUCAACAGUCCCCUCUGAAGCUGCCACUGAAGUUAUGAUGGACGUGACAGGUACUCAGGUUGAGGGAAUAGGGAACAAUGAUGGUAUUGACUAUGAACCUAUUGAAGAAGAAGAAAGUGUUCCUUCCACUCCCAUUGGUAGUACCAGCCGUUCUCGAGGAAGACCUCGUGGGUCCGUCAAUAGUGGUAGAGAAAAGAGGAAGAAGGGUGCAGCUGAAGAGGUGGUAAGUCCAUUGAAAUCGAUUGCUAACUCAAUCGAGAAGAUGGUAAUGAGUGAAUCUCAGUCUGAAUUUAGGAGAGCAAUUAUAGAUGCUGUUGAUGCCAUUCCAUACCUCAAUUUGGGAAUAUUUCAUGGCCAAGAAGAAUUCUGCCAUUAUCUUCUUGGAAACAAGAGUAGAAGAUAA